AUGCCGGAACAGCUUUGGUCGGAUCCGAUAUGGAAAGACCAGCCACCCACCGGUCUGUUCCCCGUGGAAGAUGAUGAAGAAGGCAGGGUGGAAGAAGAAGAUAGCGAAGACGAAGAUGAGAGCGAUUACGAGGACAGCGGCGAUACAAAGGAUGGCGAGGAGAAGAUCUACGCCUGGCCUGAGCAGGAAUCUGGCUGUUCUUAUGAGGAGUCAACAACAGGAGAUCAGUCUUCUACUCUUCUUACGCAUCAAGAUACAAGAGCAGAUGAUCCAUGUACCGAUGUCGUACUCGAACUCUGCUACAGUAUGGCUAUCGAGGACUUUGAAGAUGGAACAGCAAGCUCUUCUUUACUCGUAUAUUUUAGUGCCGUACGAGGCCUGUCAAGGCCGACAGGCGAUGAGUAUCUCCGCCCUCACCAGUUCACGCCCGUACUAUCGAGACUGAUAUACUGCACACAUUUGAUCUUCCUUGAGACGACUUUACCGCGUUUUCCUCACCUGUAUGCGGCAAUUCCAGCUAGGCCCUCCUAUGGGCAUCUCGGGAGACUGAUGCCCGUCCGCACAGAAAAGAUGUGUGAUGGCACCAUGUCCCCCCUU